AUGCCUUUCUACAAAGAGGACAGCUAUCUCGUGGUGUAUCCCGGCAGCACCAGCACUGUAUUCUCGUUCGGGUUGCAGGACCUGUUGGCUCCUCCCCAGUACAAAAUCCCCUCAGUUGUUUACCGGAACUCAGAAACGAACCAGUUCCAAGCACUCAAAGACGACAAGUCCAUAGCGAUACACCCCAUAAAAGGCUCGAGGAUCGUGGAUCUCGAUGCUUUCAACCACUUGUUGAAGAUCAUCUUACAAAGUAUCAUCAAUGCCAAUCCUAUCGUCACCAUCAACCACAUUCCGCUUCUCGUGGUGUCGCCCUCUUUGACGUGGUCCCGCAGUACUGUCGAGUACAUCACCAAGUUCGUGAUCGAAACGUUGGAGUUUACUGCCUUCAACGUGGUGGACUUGUCCAUCGCGUCCACUUUUGGUGUGGGAUCCUCACCCAACUCAGUGGUAGUGAAGGUGGGUGCUGAUGCCACCCAGAUCGUGCCUGUGGUGGGCAACCAGGCCAUCAAGUUUGCCAGCCAGUACUUGAAGGUGGGUGGGAGCUUGAUCAACCAGGAAUUGGGGCAAAUUUUGCCCCAGUUCUCGGAAGCACAAAUCGAAGAGUUGAAAACGUCUGGCAUCUACGAGGUUUUGAACAGCCACGAGGGCUCGUUCUACUCUUUUGCCGACUUGAAGAAGGUGGAAAACUCGGAAGAGUUCGACGUGGCCAAGAUGGUGGCCCAGACCAACGACAUUAAGUCGCUUGCUGAAGACACCCAGGAGGCCAAGCCCAACAAGGAGCUCGAAAACAACUUUUUCGUGUCGUCCUCGGGAGACAAGGUGUACGUGGGUAAGGAGCGGUUCCAGGGAUCGGCUCUGCUCGUCAAGGCCAUCGCGGAUGGUAUUUACGCAGCUUUGGCUCCAAUUCCCGACACCGAAAAGAGACAGGACUGUUACGACAACUUAAUCUUUGUGGGUGCCACGUUCCAGAUUCCUGGUCUCAAGGAGGCGGUGUUGUACAAGAUCGUCGAGGACUACUUGGUCAAGGAGCCUUCCACUGGCUCUGCAAACAACGCCAAUCCUGACGGCGUCAAUCCCGCAAUUCUCGCCUAUCAGCAGGCAGAAGAGGCCAAUGACGACACGGGAAACAACUUGGCCCAGGUUCCCAACAGCGUGAAAAUCAGCAAGUAUCCAGAUUACUUCCCUGAGUGGAAAGCACCCAAGGAGACUGGGGGCUCGUGGCACGACGUGUACUUCUUGGGGGCCCAAAUCUAUGCCAAGCAGAUCUUUUCCAACAACUCAAACCACGGACGGGAAUUGUUUGUGGAUACUGAUAUUUAUGAGGAGAAAGGACCUCAGAGUAUUUGGGACGUGAGUAUUUAG